AAUUUUGAGAAAUAAUGUCUCUCACUGUACAAACUUCAGAUGACAUCUGCCAUAUUUGCUUAUCUAAAAUCACAUUCCCUGUGCGUCUGAACUGAAGCCACAAAUUCUGAAAGCCUUGUAUUCAAGAAUGAUGGAAAGAACGAAUCAUGAGAAAGUUUGAGCCUGCUUGUCCCGAUUGAUGGUCUCAGAUUGAUGAGCAAAUUAAAUCUAGUGUAUUGCCCAAUAAUAUAUUAGAAAAACAUCAAGAAUUUCAAAGGCAAAAAAGAGUCGAUCGGGACCCAAAUCUUCAUUGGUGACCCUCUAUAAAUUGUGAUCAAUUCGUGUAUUGAGCCCCUGACACCAAUGCUGGCAAGACUAAAGCAACAUGUGAAUGAGGUUAUGAAUUCUGAAUUUCUUGUCAUGAAGCUUGGCAUUCCAAUAAAUGAUUUAAGAAUUAAAACUAGUUGGAUCAGAAGAAUUUAUAAAAAUAAGAAGAUCAAGAGAUGUCCUAAAUGUAAAACUAAUAUUCAAAAGAUAACUGGGUGUAAUCAUAUGACCUGAAGUGUAUGACUCCACCAAUUCUGAUGGAGCUGAGGAGGAGACUAUCAUCCAUCUCAUUACAGUACAUUCUCUCUAUGAUCACUUGAAGGUGAAAAUCGUACUGAUCUCCUUCUUAUGAUGCUAUUGCUACCACUUGUACUUUUCUUCUUUCCUUUUACGAUACUAUUUGCAAUCCGAAAAAUUCUAAAGGAGUGGAUGGAUUUCUACUGAUAUGACAGCAUCAGCUUCAUAAUAGCUUUCUGAAUUGCUUUACCCCUUGGGUUCUUAAUGCAGGCAUUUUACCCUCAAGUGAUGCUGUUUUUAUUUACCACUUGGGUGAGAUUUCACAUAAAUAAAUGAAAGUUUCGAUACUAACAAUUUUUCAUUAUAAUAAAAACCUAAGAACAUAAAAUUCAUACCUUAAUGUCAGUGGUUUAUGGGGUCAUCAGAUUCUUAAGCAAAGGGCUCUAACUGUGACGUUACGAUCCGAAUCAACAGUUUUAAUAAAAGGUUUC